AUGACUUCGGUCAGUCAGCUCGCCCGCCAGAUCUCCGCGCUCGAGAUCUCCUCAAAACCCAACACCGCCGGCACUCGGCCACCCGCUGCGCAACACCAGAAGUCCGCCAGCCAGAGUAACGUCUCGAAGCUCCUCUCCAAGUAUGCCGCCCCCGCUCCCUUUCAACCCACUUCGACGCUGCACAAGGCAUCGUCUGCCUCUUCCGUAACCAACAAACCUGCACCCGCGCAACCCGUCCCAUCCGCGAAACCUGCCCUAGACAUUGGCCGUUAUGACGGAGGCUUUGAGUUGGAGAAUGAGACGAGAGGAGCUGCUGUGACGGGAGAGGCGGCAGUAGAGCUGGCGUUGGACUCGAGUGUUGCUUUCGAGCGGCCCACACGCGAGUGGCAUCUGACCGACUUCGACAUCGGUCGGCCGCUCGGGAAGGGCAAGUUCGGACGGGUGUACAUGGUGCGCACGAAGACGGAGCCGCACUACAUCCUCGCGCUCAAGUGCCUGUACAAGUCCGAGAUUGUCGAGUCGCGCGUCGAGAAACAGAUCCGGCGCGAGAUCGAGAUUCAGCAGAACCUUCGGCACCCGCACGUCCUCCGCCUGUACGGUUACUUUCACGACGAGAAGCGCAUCUUCCUCAUGCUCGAGUUCGCCGGCAAGGGCGAACUCUACAAGCAGCUCACCAAGUACGGUUCCUUCACCGAGAAGCGCUCCUCGCGAUAUAUCGACCAGAUGGCCGACGCCCUCAUGUACCUCCACGCGAAGCACGUCAUCCACCGCGACAUCAAACCCGAGAACCUGCUUCUUGGCAUUAACGGAGAAUUGAAGAUUGGAGACUUUGGCUGGAGCGUGCACGCACCAGGCAACCGACGGAAGACGCUAUGUGGCACCCUAGACUACCUCCCGCCGGAGAUGGUUGAAGGACGCGAUCAUUCAGAGAAGGUGGACUACUGGGCACUGGGUGUACUCACGUAUGAGUUCAUCUGCGGCAACCCGCCGUUCGAGGACCUCAGUGGACAUAACGCCACCUACCGACGCAUCCAGAAGGUCGACUUGAAGAUUCCCUCCAAGGUCUCGCCUGAAGCACGAGAUUUGAUCAUUCGACUCCUGCAAUACACCCCGGAGCAACGUAUCCCCCUUACGGAAGUCAGGAAGCACCCUUGGAUCGUCAAGUACAGGUCCAAGGGUCACUCAACGUCAGGUCUCGCAUAA